ACAUUUCCUCUAUCAAGCUCUAGCUCACUCUGCCCAUCCAAGACCUCUGCACACGAUGUCCGGAGCCACUGUGUCGGUAUGCCUGCUGAGCCUGUUGUCUGUCUCCAUGGCCUGCUACAUCUCCAACUGCCCCAUCGGGGGAAAAAGGUCUCUGUUGGACUUUCCGUCACGCAGGUGUUCGACAUGUGGCCCCGGGGCCAGGGGCCGCUGCUUUGGCCCCAGCAUCUGCUGUGGGGAGGGGAUGGGCUGCUACGUGGGCUCCCCGGAGACGGUGCGCUGCCUGGAGGAGAACUACCUGCCGAGUCCCUGCAAGGCUGGAGGGAAGGUGUGCGGCGCCGAGGGCGGGCGCUGUGCCGCUUCGGGCAUCUGCUGUGACACAGAGAGCUGCACCGUUGACCAGUCUUGCAUGGACGGAGAUGGUGAUGACAGUCAAGUUGGCCGCACCGAGAACGGCGGCCCCAACCUUGACGGAGACGUCUUCAUGAGACUUCUCCACCUAACUGGCCGCACUCCUCCCCAGGGUCUCCCCCAGUAGGAUUUUCCAGUAGCUGAGAUGGUGUGGUUGUAUAGGACUGGGAUGAAAAAACAAAGAGAUUGGUGCUGAUUUGCCCCAAAAUCUUACAUGCUUCUUCUAAGCACUUCAUCCCAGGACAUGUCGAGCCUUUCAGGAUGUGAAACACCUGUACAUUGACUUUAUACUACAAUCUAAUAUAAAUAUCUGUGUAUAAAAUGGCUUGUAAUCAUCUGCUAAUCUAUUGUAAACAUCGAUUUACUGUAAAAAAUAUCUAUGUGAUUAAUAAAGCUAUUGAGAUCUUC